CAGCAGGAAAUCAUCGACAACUUAAUCCGGUUGGCCAAAGAAGAACAGCAACGAGGUAAUACUUCAGUGACUCUGGAUAAAAUUGCCCAGCUUACAACUUUCCUAUCCCAACAAGCAGCUGCAUCCACAUCUGAAAAGAGUGAAGAAACUUCCAAGUAUUCUAAAUUCAAGAAACUCCCGGAGCUUCCCAAACCUAAGUUUUCUCCGCUUUUCGAUAAGUUUGAUCUUUCAAAGUCUGUCGAGCUUGUAAAUCAAUCGAAGAUCAACACAGGAGAUUCCGAGGCCAAAACACCCAAGAAGAAGGUCUAUCGUGGUAGUCAGCGAUUUUCAUUCAAGCGAUUUGAGAAUAUAUUUGUAGAAGUAUUAGAGACGCUAGCCAAUAUUCUUGACAAUUUGCACUUGUUAUCGAGUUUACCCAUGUUUCCGAAAGUCUUGACCAAUAUCUUGAAGCACACCAAUAAGUUGUGGGUGCUUAUUCUUGUCUUCUUGAUACGUAAGACGAUUUCGCAGUUGAUGAAUGUGAUCAAAAAAGAGAGAAAAGUCAACAUCGAAUUGGAAAUCGUCAACUGCAGGUCGGGGAAGUCUUCGCAGUACAUCAACGAAGAUAUCAACAAAAAGUACAACAAGGUGUUGAAGGACUUGAGAUUCGACAAGAUGAUGUUGAUGAUCGAGUUGGUGGGGAACUUCCUCGACUUUACGUUUAACUUUGUAGAGCUCUAUGGCGUUCCAGUGCCUGACUGGUUCAUGAGCACGUUGAAUGUUGCCAGCAUGGCAAUGACAAUCUACAGAAUGAACAAGGACGACGAAUACAUCGAUGAUGACAUCACUGAAGAUUUGAUAUAA